ACAGAGAUACGAUCAAAAGACAAGGAAUCCUAAAUUCAAAAUAGUAAGAUAAACUUUUCAUGGAGUUAGAGACCCUGAUGGCAGGUUUGAAAACACUGGCGAAAACAACUUGGGGCUGACUCAUAGCGGCGUGGGAGUGGCUAACAGCACUGUUAGGUUUUAAAUCCACACGUGGUCCGGGUCUUCGGCUUGUUUAGCAGCACAUACGCGACUGGAAACUUCUCACCGACUCAUGCCAGCGAGCUCCCCCACGUCUAUCACUGCUGGGGCAGACAGACGGGACCAGACGAAGCUUUUGAUAACUCAGCAAAAUGCCAUCUUACCCCCUCAACCAGUUUGCUGACCUGGAAGAGAUGAUGUGCAAGUUGUUUAACCUCGACCUGAGGGACCAGAGCAGGCAGCUAGCAUCCCUAAGUCUGGCGAUGAGAACACCAGGCUACAUCGGUCAACCACGCAGCAGCAACACAUCCUUUUCCCUCUCAUCCCUCUCCUGCCUCCCUACUGAUCCUUCAGACAGUGUAUUUCUGUCCUCCAGCCAGUGGGGGCAGCAGUCUGAAAGCCCUCUGCCUUCCCAGCUUCUCAAUUCCACCCAGUGGGGAAAGCAAGGCUUCCUGUCCCAGCGGUCAGUCAGCAUGGUAGAGACCAGCAGCACCACAGCAGCAAGUCUAGGUUGGCCAGGGACUGACAUAAAGCAUUCCCAAAGUGACAUCAGCCCCACUGCACUGAACACUAGCUCCUGCUCGUCCACCUCAUCCACUUCCUCUUCCUCAUCACGCUAUAAGACUGAACUGUGUCGCUCCUUUACUGAGAACGGCUUAUGCAAGUAUGGAGGGAAGUGCCAGUUUGCCCACGGGCCUGAGGAGCUGCGGGAUCUUAGCAGACAUCCGAAGUACAAAACUGAGCCGUGUCGUACGUUUCACACCAUCGGCUUCUGCCCCUACGGGAUCCGCUGCCACUUCGUCCACAACAAUGAGGAAGAAAUGAAACACUCCCUCUCCCGCUCUUCCUCAUCUUCUUCCUCCUCCUCAAGCGUUCUCCCUCAGCCCCUGUCCUCCUCUCGCUCGCACAGACCCCCUCUUGUCAGACAGAGCUUCAGCUUUGCUGGGUUUCCCUCUGCUCCCCAACAGGCCCUUCAGCCUGCCCUUCCUGCUCAUCCUCCUCCUGCCACCGCCACUUUCACACGUGCUCCCUCAGCCUCUCCUCCUUCCUGCGCUGAUAUUACUGACCUCCUCUCUCAUGCCUUCCUGGAGAUGGACUCUGCCUUCGAGGCCUCCCCUGUCCACCAAUACCCACCCAACAUGGGCCAGGCCACUCCAGCAGAUCCACGGUCUCCAUUUCUGCCUUCUCCAGACUCUGGCUGUUCUCCAUGUGGCCUGUCACCGACUGCCUCCCCCUCUCUGAGGCAGAGUCCCAAUGCUACUGGGGUCUUUUCAGGGCCACUCGGUACCCGAUCCCUGUCCUACACCUCUCUGUCAGACCAGGACCAGGAUGGAAGCAGCUCCGCUAGCUCGCUCAGUGGAUCUGAAUCCUGCAAUAAUGAUGGCAACGGCAAACGUCUGGCCGUAUUCAGUCAGCUCUCUGUUCCUGAGGAUGCUACUGGGUUCUGCCUUUAGGCUGCAGUGUGCUGGAACACACACAAACACACGCACGCACACACACACAUACACAUAUACAUACAAGAGACACAGACAUGCAGACCCCUGGACACUAUGUCCAGAACAACAUAUGUAUAUGCAGUACACACAUGUCCACAUUCAAUCACAACCACCCCUAUAAAUGCACACUUUUCCUCUCACACACAGCCACUGGACUGACAGUUUAGACAUGUUCUUUGUGGUGUCAAAGGAAACAAAGACUGACUCAGAACGCUCAGAGAGAUUCGCCUGAUAGAUUUAUGUGGUUAUAUUUCAAUGUCGUGCGUAAGGGUUGCAGAGUGAUGUGUUGCCACCACCAAAACAGAAUACACAUAUCAAGAUAGAAGUUUAUGCUUUAUCAAAACAGUAUGCUGAGAUGGCACAUUGCGACAAAGAUAUUGUAAUCACAGUGUGAUUGGGCCUCGGGGCCGCCUGUUGUUUAGUCCAACCACAUAAUCCAUUUUUACUCCUGUCAACAUCUUGUGAAUGGUCUAAAGAGUGUGAUAAAGCCAAAGACAUCUGUUUGUAGCUUUUGAUUAUGGUGGGACAAACACACAAUGUGACCUAUGUUUAGGAAUUGUUGUUUGUUUUUUUCCAUUAACUGUACACAGUAGUAUUGUGUUUAUAAGCUAGUGAAAGUGUUCUCCUCAUAACUGUGCAGUCUGAGGUUAUGUUUGGAUAACUGGCCUCAAAUAGUAGGCCUUAAACCUGAAUGUUAAGUUUUUAAACAGCUGAAGUGCCUGUAGUGUUUUUUUAACAGGUCAUGUUACAGUGUUGAUCCAAGAUUUGCUGGUUUGUUAGGGGAGAUGUGAGGUGGGGUGUGAGAUUUUUUGUUUUGUUUUUUUUUGUCAAGGAAGUUCUCUCUGUUGUGAAGAGUGUUGCUCUUCUGUCUCAUGUGCAUUAAUGACAAACUACCACUGUAAAAUGACCAAAUUUACACUGCUUUACAGUCAUGGAGGAAGGAGGCUCAGUUUGACUUUACAAAAUAAGCCAGGUUCCAUGUUCUUGUCAUGGAACAUGUCAGGACAUGGGAGUUUUUUAGGCUCGGAUCUGUACAAAUGUGACCGCAGUAACAGCAACAGGACAACAAAAACCUACAAAUGAGAUGCCAUCACGUAAUUCUGCAUCUUAUAUUGAGUUUUGUCUAAUUGGUUAUGAUGGAUAUAUAGCUUGAGUUGCGAGGCGCUUGGCUCAGACGUAAAGUCAAUCAAGUCCAGAACACUUCAUGAAAGACCUUUUUAGUCUUAAGCAUGUAUCCUAAAAUGUUGUGGUGCUAAUCUGUAUUUUAGAAAAUUUUAACAUUCCCAGGAUUGGGAUUUUCUUUCCCUCUCCUCAGGCAGUUAUAGGCACAGCACUGGUGUCAUGUUUUCAUGACUCUCACCCCACUAUUUCCCAUCUCUCUUCCCUCAUUCAGUAUUAAUUCUUCCUGUUACGGCUUCGUACUGUUAUGAAUGUGUAGCGUCCUGGUCACAGUCCAUGUGAUCGUGUGCCACGGUCUGUUGCCUUACCGAGCUAGAUCCAGCAUACUGUAGGGUUAGUGUUUUAGAAAUGUUACUUGGCUGUUUUGUGUGUUUAUUAUGUAGUUGGUUAGAAGAACAGACUCUGUCCUGUUACUGCUCUAUUUAAAAUUGCCUUUUCAUCAACAUGUUUGAGGCCUGUUUAGUGUUAAAGGUGAUAAUCUUUAGUAAAUUAAUUUCUUUAAUUUAUUUUAACGUAUUUAUAGAGGACUGAGUUGUUAAUGCUUGUAUCAAGUUUAAUAUAUUUAGGUUUCUUUUGCUUUUUUGUACUGGAAAUAAAGUUUUUUUUGUUUUUUUAAACCGA